GCGCGCGGAAACGUUCCGGGGAACAGGCGCCCGCCGCGCGUCUGUCUGGUCUCCUGAGGGUCGCGAUUUGAGUGCUGCUGCUCGGCGCCGGAGUCGCCCCACCACCGCCGGGAUCAUGGUGUUCUAUUUCACCAGCAGCAGCGUUAAUUCAUCUGCUUACACUGUUUACAUGGGAAAGGAUAAAUAUGAAAAUGAAGAUCUGAUAAAGUAUGGCUGGCCUGAAGAUAUUUGGUUUCAUGUGGACAAACUCUCUUCGGCUCAUGUAUACCUUCGAUUACAUAAGGGAGAGAAGAUAGAAGACAUUCCAAAGGAAGUGCUGAUGGAUUGUGCCCACCUUGUGAAGGCCAAUAGCAUUCAAGGCUGCAAGAUGAACAACGUUAAUGUGGUAUAUACGCCGUGGUCUAACCUGAAGAAAACAGCUGACAUGGAUGUGGGGCAGAUAGGCUUUCACAGGCAAAAGGAUGUGAAAAUUGUGACAGUGGAGAAGAAAGUGAAUGAGAUCCUGAAUCGAUUAGAAAAGACCAAAAUGGAACGGUUCCCAGACCUGGCAGCAGAGAAGGAGGGCAGAGACCGUGAAGAGAGGAAUGAGAAAAAGGCCCAAAUUCAGGAAAUGAAAAGGAAAGAAAAAGAAGAAAUGAAGAAGAAGAGAGAAAUGGAUGAGCUUAGGAGCUAUUCAUCACUAAUGAAAGUUGAGAAUAUGUCUUCAAAUCAGGAUGGCAAUGAUUCAGAUGAAUUCAUGUGAGAGAAGAAAAGGAUCUGUGAAAGAUGUGAAUGUAGAGACAAUUGCAGACCUUUUGAUUUCAUCUGUGUUCUGAAUUAUAAAAAAACAACCAAAAUUCUACCUUCAUUCUACAUAGAUAAUAAUUUUUGAGUUAAAAAAAUUAUUCCUUUUUUUUCUUUGCUGACAAAAGUGGGUCAGAGAGAUAUAGCUGAACUUGAAGACAGCAUAUAACUUUUAGCAAAGUGAAAAUAUUUUUGCCAGAACAUGUCUUGAUCCUUCAGGAGAGCUGACAGCCUUUGCUCUUCAGAUAGACUUUAGAACAAACCAGAAAGUAUUUCUGUUGCUAUGGUGUGUCCCUGAAAACAGAUGUCAUGAGAUGCUUUUCAUAUUCUUAACAUAUCUUCACUUCUGUUAAGAAUGUGUUGAUGGGCAGUACAUACUAAUGUGUCCUUGUUCCAGGUUAGAAAAAGGCACGCGGAUUUUGAAGGUGAUGUUGAUAUUUUCAGGUUUCUGGCUUCAGUAUUUGUGUCUCAUUGUGUCAUCUGAAUCUGUUAAUGUAAUGAUCCUUAACUCAGCUUUUCCCAGCUCCUGCGUCCCUGCUUGCUUUCUGUGAGUAAGGACCUCCAUCUGAUUCCAUUAUAUUUAAAGAAAUGGGAUGUGAGGGCUGAGCUUUGUGGCAGUUGUUUCCUGAGCUCUAACCAAAGCCACAUAUAUGACACCUUAAGCUCUGGAAGUUGUCUCAGUGCUGAGGGAGAAAUAGGGAAGAGUAUUCUAGAAUCAUCUGGGAGGUGACAAUUACAAUUGUCUUGGGAGACAGCAUGAAGCAAAAGUCCACAUUAUAAUUAUGAUUUUAGGUAGAACUAAGCAUUUCAUUAGCUGGCCAAAUAAUUUGUUUCUUUACCUUGAAAUAGUAUUUAUUUUGAGUUGUGACCCUGGAGUUCAGCUUCUCAGUUGUGGAUCCAAUAAUUUAAUAUAAUUACUACUCAUUUGAUCCACCCUGUAUUCAGUGUGCUUUUGAACAGAAGAUUUAUUCUUAUUUUUAUUAUUGUUUGCCAUGUGUAGGGCAAACUGUAGAAGAAAAAAAACCAAAUAAUGAAAAAAAGAACAAAGCCUGCCAGUUAGGAGACAUAAAAAACUAUGUCCAGAACUCUGCAUGCAAUGUUUUUAUUUUUAACUAUAGUUUUAGCAAGCAAAAAUGAUCUCUACCUGUAAUAGCAACUUUGGAACUGUGGAUAAAACCGAAAGACUAGUGUUUGCAUUUAUUCCAAGUCAGCGUAUGGAUUGAACUGGAAAAUUCCUUAAGGCAUAACCCAUUGGCCAAAUAUUGAGAGGGCAAGGAAAAUGACUACAAUUUAGUGUUUGUGUUUGUGUGUCUGUCUGCCUGUCUGUCUUUAAUGGUAUUCAUCCUGCAGUUCUGACAUUUAAAAAUUAUAAUAAAGUAUCAUAUUUUUAUCUGGAAGUACAUUGAUAUAUAAAUU